GUGGCUACUCCCAAAGCAAAUAAAUAAUUAUGCUGCAUAAAAGAAAAACGGCAAAAGCGUAACAAAAGUGUGAAAAAUCGUCGACGACUUCAGCUCAAAAGAAAAAUAAAAUCAAAAUAUAAAAUAAAAAUACGAGUUAAAAACACUCGCACGACUUAAGAGCCAAAAAGCCAAAAGCUCUCAAGUGUUUCACUCUUUUACGUUCCCUCCCCCCUUCCCUUCAAAAUAUUCGCGACUUUUUGCGAGCGUGUAUGUGUGUGUUUUUUGUACGUGCUUAUGGAAUUUUGACAAUUUCGUGUGUUGUCAGUCGAAAGUUUUUUGUUGUUAUCUUUUUUCGAUCAAUUCGUCAACGCAACGGGAAGCUGCUGUGUUGGAAUACGCGCUCACUGUGUGAGAGAGGCUCUCCCAAAAGUCGUGUGGUUGCCAGGAUGCAGAAAACGCGGCAUUAGCCACAGCAGCCAACGGAGGAGCUAAAACGCAGGACACGCAGUAGCAGGAGGAGCAGGCCCAGCAGAAGCCAAGACGCGAGAGCAAUCCGAGAGAGAGAGAGAGAGAGAAGGAGUGAGAGAGAGAGAGGAAGAGCAGCAGAGGUUUUUGUUAACCAUGUCACAGCAAGUGUACUCGGCGCAUCCAGCGCUGGCCGCUGAGCAGCUGGCAGCGCCGAGCAGCUCCACAAACGCCACAAGUGGCACCAUCAGCGGCAGCAGGCGGAAGGUCACGCCCAAAAAGUACACACUAAGCAGAAGCUGUGCGGCGCUAGCAGCUGCAGCAGCGGCAGCCAAAGCAGCAGCAGUCGCAGCAGCAGAGGCUGAGGCAACAACAGCAACGCCAACAACAACAACAGCAACAACAUCAAGGACAGCUAGCGGCAGCGAAUCGUGCCACACGCGCAAAACGCAGCCGACGCGAACAAAUUUGGCGGCGGUGGACGAUGAUGAUGACAUCGAGUGCGAGGAUGUGGACGAUGUCAACUUUGGCGUGCAGCAGCAGCAGCAGCAGCCGAUUGUGAGGCAAACAACAACAACAACAACAACCAAAGACAAUGGCUACGAUGAGACGGACCAUGUGCAGUUGCGCCACAAGCGCCACAGCCGACAAAUGCCACACAAACAGCUGGACCGAGGGGGAGGUGGCGGCGGCGGCGGCGGACUGAUGGCCGCCUCAGCGACAGCUCUGACUGGUUCCAUUAGCGAUCUGAGCAGCAUACUAAGCUCGCCCUCGGCCAGCACUGUCUCCUCGGCGCAGUCGACGCCCACGCGAACGGCGCCGUUGCAGCUGCAGCUCCAGCUGCAGCACAGCCAUCAGCAUUGCUGCCACAAGCAGUCGAAGCAGUCGGCGGCAGCAGCAGCAGCAACAGACGGAGCCACACACCAGCCACAUCAGCAGUCGAGUCGCCACCAGCCGAAGCAUCAACAGCAGCAUCAUCAUCAUCACCAUCAUCAUCAUGCUGCGGCCGCUGCUGCAGCGGGCUGUGGCGCCACCGCCAACGCCGCCAGCUCCUUCAAGAGCAAGAAACUUGAUCCGCGCUUCAGCCCGUCACCGUAUCGCCAGCUAUUGCCCAUUUUCCUGUGCCUGCUCUCGUUUGCGCUGGUCUUUGCCACGUUAAUUGUUUACAUGGACACAACAGAAAUCCGGCAUCAGCAAUUCCGGCUAAACAUGUCGCGCGACUACGAGCUGAACAGCGUGGCGCAAGACGAUCCCGCACUAAUUGCAUUCCUGCGCCAGAUCCAUAUGCGCAAGUAUAUGUAUAUGGCCAAAAGCGGCGCCGUCUCCAGCUCGGGCAAGGCGCCAGCUGCCAGCGCAGCUGUACCGCCCGCCGGCACGGGCAACAGCAGCAGCAGCAGCAGCGGCGGCGACAGCGUCGCCGAUCAGCUGGCGCACUAUGUGUCCGAUUUGGUCGGUGGGAAGCUGAAUGGCGCGGUCAUCCAAUCGCUGAGCGGUCCGCUGGCGCAUCUGAUAACGGCGCCCUGGCUGAGCGAUCAGCUCAACUGGAUGGGCGUCCUGGUGGAGCCGGAGCCGCGCUGGUAUUUCGCGUUGCGCAAACAGAAUGCGCAACGGCAGCGCAUGCAGGUGGUGCAUGCCUGCGUUUCGCCCAAUCCCUUUCCCAAAGAGAUAACCAUACACAAUGAGGAUGUGCGCAUAAAUAGUUUGCACGACGAGGAGACGUCGUGGUUCAAUUCGCGUGUCAAAUGCUUUCCGCUCUACACAAUCAUGCUGGCAUGUGAGCGCACCGAAUACGAUCUGCUCAGUCUGGGCGUGCAGGGGCAUGAGCUGGAGAUCUUGCAAACGCUGCCCUUUGACAAGAUCAAAAUCGACAUCAUUUCUAUACAUUUGCUGGAGGAUCACGAAGAUGUGCUCGAUUAUGUGCAGAGCAUAACCAAGUUCCUAGCUGGCAAAUUCUAUAAAUUACAGCGUAAAAUCGGACGCAAUUAUUUCUAUCAGCGGCUCAAUGCCAGCGCCGGUCGGACGCGCAAAAAGGACAUACUGCUGCUCAAGACGCCACCACAAUAACAACAACAACAACGAAUUGAGGACUAAAAGCCUUUAUAAAAUACUUGCUAAAAAAAAAAAACAACAAAAAACGAGCAAAAUUUUUCAUACAAGAAAAACAAAUACUUUCGAUAAACUCAAAAACGUUUAUGUUAUAAUGAUAAUUAUUAUAUAUAUACAUAUAUAUAUAUAUAUAUAUAUAUAUACCAUACCACGCUCUAUAUAUAUACACUAUAUAUGUUAAAUAUUAUAUACAACCCAUACUGUAUAACCAUUAUGAUAUAUAUAUCUAUAUAUAUAUCCAUAUCUAUAUAUAUAUAUGUAUAUAUAUAUAUGUGUGUGUAUAUGCAUACUGUAUGUUUAGUUUCUUUUUGUCUUAAACAAAUAAUCGAUUUUUGUUUAUGCUUUUUUUCCAUUUUUUUCUUUUUGUGUCGAAAUUGUUUAAUAUUAUAAUUUUUUUUCUCUGCUGCGUGCGUUAAAUUAUGUUUAUGAUGCUAAAAUGCGCAACUAGCUCUAGCUAAGGUAUUAUGAUUUUUGCUCUAAGCUAUGCUAACAUAUACUCUAUAUAGUUACAUAUAUACAAAUAUAUAUUAUUUAAUUUAGGCGCGCCCCUAAACUUGUCUUGAUCGUGUAUGUAUAAAUUACAAAAAUUUGCAACUAUUAUUUGUAACUGCUUUUUGCUACAACUACAUAAUAUAGUACUACAAUAUUAUAAUAAUAAUAACUAUACGACCUAUAAAUUAUUAACUAUUGAAUGCUUUAUUUAGUAAAACAUAAGUGAAAAAGAAAACACACACAUACACACAAUAACUAAAUACAACAUAUUUAAAUUAUAUUAAAUUAUUGAACCAAAAUGCAAGCCCAAGCACAUUCAUGCACAUACUCACACACUCACAACACACACACAUACGCAAUUAUAUAAAAAAAAAAUAAUAAUAAAUCAUUGCAAAAUCUGCUUUCAAAA